CCCUCCGUGGUUGACCCUUUCGUAUAGGGGGAAGUCACUCUCAUCAGUCGUACAGCAGGAAAGAUCAUUCACAAGUCGUAGAGCGUAAAUAUGGCAACCCUCGAACCCUGACAAGGAACAAGAAAAAGAGUUGACAUGGAAAAACCGGCGAAAACACUGUUUCCUAUCGCCAGUAAUGGACCAAAUGCUGCGAGUGGCAGCAAUGUUUUAUUUCCUGUAGCUUCAAUAUCUGCCAGUGACCAACAAAACGUGACUACUGACUUAGACUGGCUUGAGAACAAAAGCUAUAUUUCUGCUCUUGCUCAACUACCAGAAUCAGGACAUGAAUCCGACACUCAAAAUCUUCAGGUAUCACAACACCAUCACAGUGUUAAAAGGAAAUCUGGUGGAGACUUUCCUGAACCUGAAGAAAAAGAUUUUAAUAAUAAAGCUGAUAACAGAAAAGUAAAAGAUGAUGCUUCACCAUCAUAUGCAGAUGUUGAGAAGAAAAAGAAGAAAAGUUCUCACAAGGAAAAAAAACACAAGAAACACAAACACAAAAAGUCAAAAAGUGCCAUUCUUGAGGAAGAUUUAAGACAGGAAACAAAAACAGAAGAAUUUUGGAAAAACCACAGAGGGAAAACAUUUCUGGAGGAGAUACCAGGUCUGGAACCAGAAAGUGCAUUUCGAGUGGACAGAACUAAGGAUCGGGCGCUGUGGGACUACGAUUCAAUUUAUAAGGACAAAAUUGCACGAUACACUCGAUUAACUAGUUCUUGCCUUGGAAACCCAACCAUAACUAUCAGCAAUAAAAAAAGUAACACUGGUGAAAAUGAAAUGCUAAAUAGGUACUAUUCAAAAGAAAACAGAAGAAUCACCAGAGUUAAAGGGCAGGCUGUGAGACCAAGUACAACAAAAGAUUUCAAAGGUUUAGAAUAUAUUUCAGUCCAAGAGAAAGAUGUUUCAAGGCAGCUCGUCACAGAACCAAACAGAUUAGCUGAUUCAUUAAAUAUUCUUGACACAGCUACUAGUCUAUAUGUGAAAGGGCAAGGAAAGUCUUCCGAGCAAAGCACUAGUGAAAGUAUAAUUUUCAUGGAUGAGACUUUUGAAAAGAUUUCUUUUUAUAAUAGGCGUCUCAGUGAGGAUCCUAAAAAUGUUAAACUCUGGACGGAGUUUGUAAACUUCCAGGAUCUUGUCUUCCAAAAUGCGAAAUUUUCAUCCCAGCAGAUUCCUAGCCGCAGCCUCCGUGAUGUGUUCCAACCCCCAAGAAUCUGCAUAGAAAAAAAACUGGCUAUUUUAGAUAAAGCCCUGGCUGCCAAUCCUUCAUCAUUGCAGCUGAAAAUCGCUAAGCUGGAGCUGGAGCAGGACAUUGUUGAUUCAGAAACAUUGAUGAAGGAGUGGGACGAGCUGUUAUUUAGCCACAGUGGAGAUGUCCAUCUGUGGCGUCACUACCUGAUAUUUCAGCAGUCCCGUUUGUCAGCUUUCUCUGUUGGUCGUACUGUCAAACUUUACCACCGUUGUUUCAAGACUUUAAGACCAAUUAUGGAAGGCAGUGUCAAAGUAGUGAAGAUGAUGGAAAACUUAGAAGAUGAAAUGAUUGAACUCUUUGUUCAGUACUGCACAUUCCUUCACCACUGUGGCUUCACAGAAAAAGCAGUCGCAUCAUACCAAGCUCUAAUAGAGUUUAAUUUGUUCCGACCAGCAAGUCUUAACCUGCAACCCACCACUGACUGCAUUAGCAUAUUUGAGAGUUUCUGGGAUUCUGGAGUGCCCAGGUUUGGAGAGCCAGGAGCAUUGGGAUGGGCUGCUUGGGUCGAAGAUUCAAAGCUUACUGAUGCUGCUCCUGCGAAAGUUAUUCAGGUCAAGACUGAUCAGGAGCAAGAAAAUAUACUGGCUCAAAAUGAUUCUGUCUAUGAAACAUGGAUAAAGUUGGAACAGCUGAGAGAAAGUGCACAUUGGUUGCCAUGGAGACCUGAUGUUUCUCGUGGAGAAACUGAAGAGGAUUGUGAAGAUCUGGAUCGUCUGGUGCUAUAUGAUGAUGUAGCACCAACUCUCUUCCGUGUACAAAAGUCAUCAUCUUGUUUUACAAUUGUUGCUGCAUUCCUGCAGCUUUUGGGUCUUGGUGUCACAAUUGAUGGAUGUCACUGUAAAGAUUUUGAUCAAGUGAAGUUAAAUGCACUCCAUCAGAUCCCAGCAGCAUCUGGUCUGGACAUAGGAGUGACAGCAGAUCCAGUGUGGAAACCGUGGCCAGAAAUUGAAACUUUUAUUGAAGAAGUUCUGAGGCAAGCAGCGGCUUACUUUUCUGGUUAUCAGCGGAGUGUUUUUGCACUUUACCGGCUUCAACUUCAGAGAGAGAAAUAUGGAGUUCAGGACAUGUCAGCAUUAUCACCAGAAGCAGUCAAGGCCAUAAGAAAAUAUGGAAAAAAUCUCCUGAAAGAACUGCAGAACCGUAACGACUUGAUUCUGUGGAAUGAAUACAUUAGGAGUGAGUGGGCUUUGAACAAGACUGAAGAUGCACUAGCUAUGUUGCAUACUGCACUUUGUAUGUUCUCAGAUGCUUUUGCUUUGGAUGACCAUAAUGCUAUGGCUGGGAUGUGCUCGCUGUACCGCACCUAUGCAGAAAUUCAGCUAAAUUUUUUGCCUCUUGAUCUUGUGAAAUCCAGGAUUAAGAGAGCAUCAUCAUUGCAGAUGUCCAGACAGAAGGCUAUGUUUGCCUUAUUUUGCUUGGCUGACAGGGUCAAGUUUUCUCCUCAGAAACAAGAUCUGCUGCAGCCGCCACAGAUUUUACGAACAAGGAAGAAGUUUCAGACUAUGGCAGCAGCUCUUAUGGACAGCAACGAUAUAGUUUGCAGUGCAGCAUCAAAGAAAUAUCUCAUACAGUUAACCUGUUGUUCCGCUUUGUUUGAACUUUGUUGUGCUGGUAUAGAUAACACCUUGCAAAUAUUUGACUCUAUUAUCAAGCGAUCUGAUACUGUUCACAACAAUACAAAUUCUUCCCAGACUAAUCAAGCAAUGACUGAAUUACAAGAGUCACUUUAUGUAGAGUUGCUCUUGUUGUUAAAGAACUACAUGAAUGUAGAGUUUGUGUCACUGACCACCAUACGUUCACAUCUGCAGACAGCACUGUCUUGUUUUCCAAACAACACACAGCUGCUCCGGGAGCUCAUUGAAUUGGAGACAAGAAGUCACAUAGCUGGGAGAAUACGUCGUUACUUUGAUGCUGCAGCUAGAGAUACCGCUACUCCAUAUCCUGUGCUCUUUGAAGUUCUGGCAGAGAUGAGUAGGCAUGUCAAGGUUUCAGGCUCUGCAUGCAGAGAAGGGUCAGGUCAACUAGAAGUCUCAGACACUGGCACUUUGCACCGAGUAAGAGCAGUUUGCGAGCGAGGACUUCAGCAUCGGGCAGCUCGUCACUGUCCUCUGUUGUGGAGGAUGUACCUCAAGUUUGAAGUUACCUUUGGAAGUCAUGAAAAAGCAAAAGGUAUCUUCUACAGGGCACUUCAGACUUGUCCUUGGGCAAAGGUCUUGUACCUUGAUGGUGCUGUUAUCUUUGGGCCAAAUCAAGUGCAGGAGCUGAUUGACCUCAUAACAGAAAAGGAAAUCAGGCUACAGAUUCCACUGGAGGAAGUGUCACUUCUCCUAAACUCUGAACCACAAAACCUCAUAGCGAUGUAAAGCCAGUCAUGCGUUUGAUGACCUUCUCUUG